AUGAGACUAUUUUCUUUAACAACAAACACAACAAUCGUAGAAGUACAAUGGCAAGCAUAUCCUAUUGGAUUUUUUCUUUUAUUACUAUGUCUAUUGACAAUUUUUGGAAAUCUAUCAAUCAUUUACGUUGUUGUUCGUGAAAUCGCUUUGCACUCAUCGACGUACUAUUAUAUUGCGUCAUUAGCGUUUGCCGAUUUUAUAAUUGGAUUAUUCGUCAUGCCGUUUGGGUUUAUGUUCGGAAUGACGAACGAUGAGUAUUGGUUGUUUCCUCGACAUUUGAAAUUUCUCUGUGAUUAUUGGUAUUCGGUGAACGUUUUCGCUUGUACGGCAUCGAUUUUUGCUUUAUGCACUAUUGGAUUAGAGCGUUACACGGCGAUUUCCAAACCAAUUGAACAUCCAAGCUUAUUCAUAUCGAAAAGAUGGUACUAUUGGCUGUUAUUCAUAUGGAUAAGUUCGGCGAUCAUUGCUUUUCUCCCUAUGGUUUUGUUCGAAACAUCUCAAGAAACAUCUCACCAACCACUGAAUGAAACAUCUUUUACGAGGUCGAUAUUAUUGAAAGAAUGUAGGUUUCCGAAUAACCUGUAUUAUACGUUAUUCAUUUCGAUUGUGGCCUUUUAUUCACCAUUAAUUCUGAUGAUUUAUGUUUAUAUAAAAGUCUACAUCGCAGCAAGGAAGCAAGCAUUCGCACUGCAUUCUGGUUAUAAACAACAUUCUCGAGCAAAAUCUGCUAAAUCCCAUCAAUUAUCAAGUGAUUUUAUAACAGUUCGUAUUCAUCAUGGAAAAUACCAAGAACCGGCGCAAGAAAAUGGCAAUGUUUCGUGGAAAAACUAUUCCAAGGAUCAAAAGGCAGCGAAAUCCAUUGGACUGAUAAUGGGUACAUUCCUUAUCUGUUGGUUACCUUGUUUCGGAUAUCUCUCGUUGAGCGGUAUAUUUGCUAUUCGUUUGAAAAAUGAACAUCAUCAUGAACUUCUAUUAAAAAUCUUUUCAUGGCUUGGAUAUUCAAAUUCCGCAUUGAAUGUUCUUGUUUACGUCUCGACAGCGAGAGAAUUACAAAUGGCAUUUUCGAAAUUAUUUCUAAGACGACGAUCGUAG